AUGGCACCCGUGAAAAAGCUUGUGGCGAAGAGGGGCAAAAAAAAGAAGCAAGUUCUAAAGUUUACCCUUGACUGCACCCACCCUGUAGAAGAUGGAAUCAUGGAUGCUGCCAAUUUUGAGCAGUUUCUUCAAGAGAGAAUCGAAGUGAAUGGAAAAGCUGGGACUCUCGGUGGAGGGGUUGUAACAAUUGAAAGGAGCAAAAGCAAGAUUACUGUAACUUCUGAGGUGCCUUUUUCCAAAAGGUAUUUGAAAUAUCUCACCAAAAAAUAUUUGAAGAAGAAUAAUCUCCGUGACUGGUUGCGCAUAGUUGCUAACAGCAAAGACAGUUAG